AGCAGUGCCCUUAUUAUAACUCUCCGCCAAAUCACUGCGCAAGUUUUGUGCACGCAUUAUAGACUGCAGAAUUGCGUCGUUUGGUAGUGACACCUGUUGAAAUAAGGAGGAAGUAAUAUAGAGAUCGAAAUUCACUAGGGGUCCAAAGAGUUGCGGAGCGGCUCGUUAACAUGGACAUUCUCUCGGCAGCCUUGAGAGGGAGCACCAUCUGGUUAGAGCCCUCACUAGACGCCGUGGCGUAGGAUACUCGGGCAGCUCCCUGGCCACGAAAUAGGACGUAGCACUGCUCGCAGCUGGCUAGGUCUACGUGGAGGGCGGGGGAGACGGGCGACAGGGAUUGGCUUCGAUCUCACGCAGAGGGAGGGAACGGCCUCUGCGUAGACCCUAGUCGGCCUUGUGCGAUCCUCGUUCUCUAGUCCUUGGGAAUCUCCAUCCUCCUUACAUCUUCACCUCCCCGCCAUCAAACUCCAUUACGUCGUCCUUCAAUGAGUGACAUCCAAGCAGGUUCUUCCAAGAAGGUACCUGGAUACCCAAAACUGGAGUACCCACAGAAGAUGAGGAGGGAUGUGAGCUUUGUCUACUGCGCAGCGCAGCACAAGUAGAGGGCUUGAGAGAGACACAAGGAAUCUCACAGCCUUAAGCUUCUUCCAGUUUCAUCAAGUUUUGCCGCUGACACAAGCCCCACGUCUCCAAGUCUUGUUCAUGCCCAUGGGUUGAAAGUGUCGUUCUAGUGAAUUUGAGUUACCAGGAACGGUGCAAGGUGAGAGAGUGAGUGUCUUUCAAAGAAAGUAAAAGAGAGACAACCUUGUGAUCCUGCGUUACCUCGGAUGGUUGCAACAAUGACCACAUCACAGACACAGACAUCUGGGUCAUCAAUUGUGCCUACUUCAAGGCACAAUAGUCGCCAACAGGCAUUGCGCCCUGGUCCCUCUGAGAUUGAGUACAAGAAAGCACGCUUCCUUAUCACAGACAGGCCCACGGAUUCUUCCAUCAAGAUUUAUGUUGAGGAGCUAAGGAAGCACAAUGUGAAGGAUGUGGUGAGGGUUUGUGAGCCAACAUACAAGACAGAGGAGCUACAGAAGGAAGGGAUCUCCGUCUUGGAUCUGGAGUUUGAUGAUGGAACUUCUCCUCCUACUAAGGUAGUGGAAGAAUGGUUCCAGCUCCUGAACCGUCGGUUCCGAGAGGAGCCAGGGUCUUGUGUUGCUGUCCAUUGUGUGGCAGGGCUUGGGAGAGCUCCAGUUCUUGUAGCACUUGCUCUCAUGGAGUUAGGCAUGAAGUAUGAGGAUGCUGUUGAACUCAUCCGACAGAAGAGACGAGGGGCAAUCAAUCAGAAGCAGCUGGAGUAUUUGGAAAAAUACCGUCCCCGCUCUCGCCUUAAGCUCAAGAAUGGGCAAAAGCCAUCUUGCUCCAUUCAGUGAAGCACUCCAACAGUUUCUGAUGGUGCAGAAAGAGAAAGAGAGAGAUAUAUCAAUCCAUAAAAAGGAAAAAUCACAAAAAAAGGGAAAGGAGAGAAAAAAAAAUUGCUUGGUCUUUUUGGAGGCCCAUGUUUGCUGCCAUUGCCUUGCCAGGCCAUGCAAAAUGCACCUCACAAUUCCUUUUACCUUAACCAGGGCCUCAUUUUCGACAUAUGCAGGAUGCUGAACAAUGCCCUUUUUUCAUUUGGUUUUAUAUGUCUCAUGUGCUGUACAGCAUCCUGUACACCUCUGACUGUGGUAUUUCCAAUAAUCUCUGAUAUUGGCAUUGUUUUGGCGUUAUCCUGGUACUUGCUAUAAGUGUAAUAUUCUUUGCAAAUGUCUCUUUAACAGCAGAGAAGACUAUGCACACCACUUACUGUAACUGAAGGCCUGCUGCAACAGCCUUUGGAGGCAGGGUAGAGCUGUCCAUUGGGUGAUUAAUCCAUGGUUGGCUGCAGGCUAUCUGCUGCCAGACUGAUAAAAACUUCUGCAGUUAAAUUUAUUAUAGGACAAAAUUGAGUGUAAACAGUGGUACUGUUAAUUUCCAUAAUUUAAAUCACUGAAAAUUAAUUGCAGCCAUGGCAGCCCUGCAUGUAGUAUGUUAUGGCACCAUAAUGAGAACUCACAUGGACUUUUAUAAUAGGUCUUAAAAAAAUGUUUUCAAGUUUGAAAGCAAUCUGAGGUAUUGAACUGUAUCAUACGUGGCUCUGUGUAUACGUUGCAUAUACAGCUGACAAGGUUAGCCUAUGCAAUGAGUGGAAGUAGAAAUCUGCCCCUCCAAUGAUGAAAUGGAGCCACAAACCUUAUCCUAAAAAAUGUUCAGUCACUCUUGUACUCCUGGCACUGAAGUGUUUCCAGACUGAAUUUGGAUGAAGUAAGCUGAGAUUUUGAGUUUAAACAAUUUUGGGCAAAUGAAUUUUUAUGUGCUAUCACAUGAGCUUGGAUCAGUUUAAAAAAGGUUGUACAUUUUCAUGGUAUAAAAUGGUUGGGAAAUAACUUAUGGUUAAGGCAAAGAUAAUUCCCAAUGGACAGCUCUCAUGCAGGGAACUCCCAUUGCCUUCGUUAUUUGAAUUAAUAUUCAAGGCCUUGUGCUCUGAUUGGAGGAAAGGCAUGCAGGGGAGUAAGGUUCUAUGGUUGCACUAUUUCUUAUUCACACUUUUUCAUAAAUUCAUUCAUCAGGAUGAGAAGCAAUUCAUAUGUGUCAAAAUGAUUCUUUCAGUUGUAGUAGCAUGUUUCAUUUUCAUGUAAUGAUUUUUUUUCAAAGGGCAGGAGGAUUUUCCCUGGAAAUUGGCCUCCAACAAAUUUCCAUCAUUUGAGGAUAUAAUUUUGUUGCCAAUUGAGCCCUUGUUGAGUUUGUGACAAAAAGCCAGGGUCAUCAUAUCUUUAUCAUGUUUACUUUGACCCAUGAUGGCAAGACUCACCAAGUGCUCAAUUUGGAUGUGGUUGUCCUCACUUUUCUCAGGGAAUUUAGAUGAUACAGUGCAAGUCUAGUGCAUGCAGUUACUUAUGUAUCAGUAAUGAGUUGAGUGGGCAGCGUUUUUUCCACUCAUAUUGGCUCUCUCAUACUUUCUUAUGGAACAAUUCUCAUUUCAUUACUUUUUCUAUGGAAAGCAGCAUUGAAAUUCAUUUUUCUGAUUAUAUUGAGUAUUUUGUUGGGAAGUGACAAGAGUGUGUUGUUCCCAUGAGCUCUGCUCACUCUUCAAAAGGAGGGAUUUCUUCCAAAGCUCAUUCAGUGAGUACUUCGAGGGACUUGUUACUUUAUAGUCUUUCUGUUAUUACUUUGUCCAUCACGAUCACAGAUGCACUGUUACCUUAUGAAGGAAAUAAUUAAUGAGAAGGGACACCACGUUUUAUGUUCUCCUAGUCGAUCUAUUGGAAGUCUGUUGGAGGCCAGGAAGUAUCUCACCUUCUCUUUGCACUGAGCUGGAAAAUGAAUGAGCACUUAAGAGCCCAGCAUUGGAUGUGGAAGGUUAGGUUGGAAUACAGUGGCUUGUCUGUUUAUAUGUCUCACUGUGUCUGAUUGAGGAAUUCUGUAGUGAUGUGGCUUCCCAUCCUUCUUUCAAAUCCCCCCCCCCCCUUCCCCCAAAUAUACACUUCUUUUUUGGAAUAAAAGAAAUGG